AUGUCGUGUACACAAGCUGAUAUGCCCGAUAGCCAACCAGCGCCGUCACGGGCGAAAAGCCGCCGCACGUGCGCUGUGUAUUUGGGCAGCACAACCUUUGUCGAAAUCGAUGAUGAUCCCUCGACAGUCACGCUGGAGGAGCUGUGUGAGGCGUUUGGCACGCCAUGGGAGAGCGGCAUGCACGUGAAGCACCGUGCCACUGGACGCGUUGUGGCUACGCUCCCCUUCGAGCCGAUGCCAACGCUGGAAGACGUGUCAGACGUCUUAAUCAAGGCUGACAGCACGACGGUGACCACGGACGCAGGCGAUUUAACGGCGCCAACGGCCUACGACAACGCUGAGGAGGAUGUGGACAGCGCCGAGGAGGGAGAGACGACGUACGCCGUCGUAUACGACCUUGUUACCCCGUCCGCGCCUGGCGACAAUGGAGACAGCGAGCUGGCGGCGGCCGUAGCGGCGGCUGGUCUGUCGGAAAACCUUUCGACAGACGCAGACGCUGCCUCCGACAUCGGAGAGACGAUGCGGAAGCUUGUGGAGCUUGGUGCAGCAGACUUACUCACCGCCGAGCCCUUGUCCGUGUCUCAGUCGAGGCGGGAAUACAAUCCGCCAGAGGCCCCUGGCCUCCUGCGUCGCAUCGUGUACCCUGCCUCCCAGUACUCACCAUAUCGCCUCGAUCGCGACCCGCUCUACGAUGACAAGCUUUCCUUCUACCGAUCCUCUCCUGUCACCGCUAGCGUGGUCUCUGGGACCUCGCCGACCAGCUGCGCCGGUUCGCAUGACUUUGGUGAGGGAGGUCCGUACACCAGCUACCUCGAUAGCUACAACCUGAGUUGUCCGAUGGCGGGGUCGUUUGUGAGGCCGCUUGCGGCUGGAAAGGCGGCGAUAGUCAUGCCUCUGUCGGAUGACGAGCAUCACCGCAUUUUCGGCGCGUGA